CUGAGCUGGGACUCGGAGCUCGCCCACCCGCAGCUGGAGCAGCCGCUUCACCAUGCACGUGAACGGCAAAGUAGCGCUGGUGACCGGCGCGGCGCAGGGCAUCGGGAGAGCAUUUGCAGAGGCGCUGCUCCACAAGGGCGCCAAGGUAGCGUUGGUGGAUUGGAAUCUCGAGGCAGGUGUCCAGUGCAAAGCAGCCCUCGAUGAGCAGUUCGAACCCCAGAAGACUCUGUUCAUCCAGUGUGAUGUGGCUGACCAGCAACAACUUAGAGAGACUUUUAGAAAAGUUGUAGACCACUUUGGAAGAUUGGAUAUUUUGGUCAAUAAUGCUGGAGUAAACAAUGAGAAAAACUGGGAAAAAACUCUGCAAAUUAAUCUGGUUUCUGUUAUCGGUGGGACUUAUCUUGGUUUGGAUUACAUGAGUAAACAAAACGGAGGUGAAGGUGGCAUCAUUAUCAAUAUGUCAUCACUGGCAGGACUUAUGCCUGUGGCACAACAGCCUGUUUAUUCUGCUUCAAAGCAUGGAAUAAUUGGAUUCACUCGUUCAGCAGCGAUGGCUGCUAACCUCAUGAACAGUGGUGUGCGGCUGAAUGCCAUUUGCCCAGCCUUUGUCAACACACCUAUCCUGGAAUCCAUUGAAAAAGAAGAAAACAUGGGUCAAUAUAUAGAAUAUAAGGAUCAUAUCAAGAAUAUGAUGAAAUUAUAUGGAAUUUUGGACCCAUCAAUGAUUGCCAAUGGAUUAAUAACACUCAUUGAAGAUGAUGCUUUAAAUGGUGCUAUUAUGAAGAUCACAACAUCAAAGGGAAUUCAUUUUCAAGAAUAUGAUACACUGUUAUCUCAUUGAACAUCUUAUAUAUGAACUGUAACUGAAAAUGAGUACAAAUGACUGAUUCACAUCAUCAUCUUCAUCUAAUUUUCCUGUUUUUACUGAAAUGUUACUUGGAUGCCUUCUUUCAGAUAUAUCAUGUUAAGUUUUCUGGAGGCUUUCCUUCUUGCAUUUGGUGUAAACUAUUGUAACAAAAAGAAAUGUUAUAUAAACCAAAACUAGAAUGUGAAGACAUAUGAUCUUUGCAGUCUAAAUAAUGACUAAAACAAAGGCUAUCAAAGUAAUAUUUUCUCUUUCAGAAUAUGUAUUUUAAAUCUGUGGAUCAUAAAUACUGUUUUUAACAGUUUUAGCUUAAAAGAAGUUCUUGAAUUGCUAUUUAAAUCAAACCAUGUGUAAAAAGCUCAGUGUGUUCACACUAUAAAAGAGGAAACUACAAUGGUAAAUGUAUAGUUGUAACAAUUCUACUUGUAUAUUACCUUGAAGCUAAAAUUUUCACUUCCUUAAAGGUGUUGCAUAUUUUAGAGCCAGUACUUGAGAAAUAAAUAUCAGUGCGACUACACCCCAAAUAAAGCAUCUGGUGUACAGAAAAAUUAUGAAAAAUAUCUGAGACCAUUGAUCUACCAUUCUCGCCAUUCUGCCUCCCAAGAGAUAGGAAAUAUUUCUUUUCUCUUAACCUAAGAAUUUAAUUAACUCCCAAAAUCUCAGGAAUAAUAAUUUUAACAGUUAUAGCUGAAAAAGAUAUUAAUGCUCUCAUAACUUUGUAUUAAAGUUAUGCAUUUUAAAAAUUUUACAGAUUUUUUUUUAUUUGUAUCAGUUUCAAAAGUGCCUACCUGUCAAUAAAAUGUUUUCAUUCUAAUAUCCAUUAAUGACUUAGUAUUUUAUGUUCAGCUAUUGAGGAGGUAAGGCAAUUGGCCCUGGCCACAAGUGUAAAUGUUUUUUUUAAUAUAUGCUAAAAUUCAUAGAAACCCCGCGGAAAACUAGCUUCAAUGUUUUGCCUUUUUAGCUGCCAGACUUUUUAAGAUAUGAUGAUUAAAUGCACCUGCUUUGAAUAACACUCUCUCAAUUAAUAACAGUGAAAGCACAAGAUUUUCAAUCAAUUUCUAAAGUAAAUAUUGUAUAAAUGACUCAUUCUGCCUGCUAAUGCCAAACCAACUUACAGCAAAAAUUAACCAUGUGACACUGAUAAGGAUUUCCUAGACUCACUGGAAUAUUUUCCUACAUUACUGUUUUUAGUCCUCCAUAGGUAACUGUUACUUUCAUUUGAAUAUGAAUGAUAGGACAGAGUUUCAUAUAAGGUAUUCAACACUGAGAAAUGAAUGUCAGUGAACAGCUGAUUGAGCCCUAGUGCAAUCUUGCACAAGCUUAUUUGUGUAUUCUGGCAGUGACUAAUACCAGUGAAUGAAGUACGAGUAAUGUAGCAUUAUUAUUCUUACAUAGUACAUCAUUGUAAUGUAAAACCAUGGCUUAACCUUUUUAUUUGUGGAUAAUUUCCUUUACAGCAAUUUUCAGAGCUAAAAAAGUAUACAUAAAAAACUUAUUUCUUUUAAAAUGUGCCUUCUGUAAAUUGCUUGAAGUAAGUUUAUAGUGUUUUUGAUAGCUCCAUGUAACUGAGAAAAUAACUAAAUCAAGUGAGUGUGUUAAGGAAGCACUUGGCUUCUCUAAUUGUAUUGUUCAAGGACAAGCUUAAUGUGAGUAAUAUGUAUCCUUUUAAUGUAUCUUAUUAUAAACGAAGCUUAAAUUUUAAGAACAAUGAAACAACAAAUAUUUAGAUG